AUGAUCAGAGGAGUUACACGGCGAUUUUUCAUUCGUUUAUCCUAUGAUGGUACAGAAUACAGAGGGGUUUCUUUUAAUCCAGAUGUGAAGACAGUUGAGUCAGCUGUUUCUAAAUUUCUCAAAGAAGUAUAUGGGAAUAAUUUUCAACUAAGAUCAACAAGUCGCACUGAUGCAGGUGUUCAUGGAAUGUCCAAUAUCAUCAAAUUAAUUCUCUAUGAUAAAAAAGCUGUUGUAGAUGUCAAACAACUUGCAUAUUCUUUGAAUUAUCAUUUAAAAAAAGAAAAAGAAGAAAUCAGAGUACAAAACAUCCAGGAGAUACCCUUCUUCAGGUAUGGAGCAGAGUUUAUAAAACAGCGGGUGUAUGUGUAUCGCCUGGCUGUUUAUAAAGAAUUACAGGUUCCAGUCUCACAGGGCAACACAAUAGACAGUAUAAAAUGUAAUGCUCUCCCGAGGCAGGGGACAGGAAUUAUAUUUCAUGACAAAACCUGCACAACUCUAAGUCCUCCAUUCUGUGUUGAUAAAUUGAUUGAAGGUGCUGAGGUACUGUCAGGGGUUAACAACAUUUAUAACUGUACACCAAUAGCUGGACACAGAGAGAUGGAAAAGAAACUGCAGGGCAAUAAGUCAUACAUAAGGGACGUCCAGAUAGAGGUGGGGCGCGGCCAUCCAAUGUUACUGGCUCUCCAACCUCAGUUAGCACAGCAACUGGAAUUAUGGGAAAUUCAUUUCAAGUCCCAAUCCUACAUUUAUAAACAGAUUCGUCGUAUGGUGGGUCUCAUGGUGGGGUAUGCACAGGGACAAUACAGCCUGGACCUAUUGAGGAGGUUUAUGUCUGGACAGACACUAUCACAAAAAGAUAACAUAGCAUUCUAUAGAGCCACAGACACCCACACAAUGAUGCCCCAGGGACUAUUCCUACAGGACAUUGAGUGUGAUGAUGAAAGAAUGCUAGAGGAAUGUUCCUUGGACAACCCUUAUAUCCAGCUUUUAGCCAAUAUAAACAUUCUCAAGGAAAUGUUGGUUAAAUGCAGUUCUAAUGAUAACUCUUCUACACUUCAAGAAUUGUCAAGUACCUCACAGACAAAGUCAAAAAUACAGGAUUAUGAUAAGGAAUCUUUGAAACAGAGACAUCAGAGUAAAGGAAGGGACUUAACAAGUAGUGUUUUAAUUCAGACAAAACUAGGUGUAGUCAAAGCACAUAUUAGCUGAUGAAAACUGGGCUAGGAAGUUUGUUUUAAUCUUUUGUCAUGUCAUAAUACACAAUCUUAUUUACUACUUUGUGACAAAA